AUGAAGAAUAUUAAAAGACAAUUAACAGGACCAUUUGAGCCCAUAACAAGUCACUCAAGUGGCGAAGAAAUAGAUGAUUUACAUACCAUUGAUAAUAAUGUGCAAACAGGUAAUAAUAUUCCCACUAUUAUCCCUCCUGCAUUAAAUAUUGUACCUCCACCAAAGGACCUCGAUAGCGUUGAUGAUAGGUCCGAAUCUUCUGAGACACAUGAUGAACCUAUUAAGAAAAAUGAAUCAAGAAUGGCAAAUCUAUUUAAAAGAGGACAGCCGAACAAUUCGCCUGGUAGAAGGCGACCAAGACUAUUUUUAAGAACCACAUCGUUCAGUGGAAGUGAUGACAAUAGGGAUGAAAACAUCUCAUCGACAUCAGGACAUUCACCUUUAACAAAUUUUACGGCAGCUUUACGAGAUACUAGAUUACGUAGCAAGAGUGCAGGAACACGACGCUCCUCUAGUUCAGUAAGCAGAGGAAGUAGGGCACCCCGGUCAGCAAAAGUUUUAUCAUUCGUUGCUGCGGAUGAUAUGGAUGACUUUCAAGAUCUACAGAAAGAUUUUAAUUUUAAACAUACUGACAAAUCCUUUGGUUGGUUACCUCAAUUGAAUACAGAUGAUACUGGCGAUGAAAGCAGCAAUGGCUCUCAGAGUGGGUACGAAGAUGAAGAUGAAGAGGAAAUUAGAUCUCGAUUAGCCCCCCUAACACCACCAAGAAGGACAUCAUCUAAUGAAAAUAUUUCGAAUGAAACACCAGGUACAACAUAUCUUGGAAUAUUCAAGAAAUCGCCAGCUAAAGUGCCAACUACUCCAAGAAGAUUAUCAUUUAGUGAGUCUUCUAAGUUUCAUGUUAGUCACGAGGAAUUAGCCGAUACUGCUAGUAAGAGCUUAGAUAAAGAGGAUGGCUUAGCAAUUUCUACAUACUCUAUCGAAUUGCCUGAUUUUGACCAGCCACCAGGGAAGCCAUUUGUGAAGCCCUUAAAAUUAUACGGUAAUUCUUUAUGCCUAAUCAGUCCGACCAACUUCAUUAGGGUUAAAUUGGCAUCUAUCCAUAUGAGUAAUCAUUACCGUUUUGCAUAUUUAGUAAUUUUAACAGCAUUUACUGUAUUAUUGGCCAUUAGGACAUAUCAUCCCAGAACAUAUUCAUUUCUUUACAGUUUUAAGAACUGGGCAGAUUAUAUUAACUUUUUUAUUUACAUUUAUUUUACAGUAAAUGAUGUCACCAAGAUCAUUGCAUUUGGUUUUUGGGAUGAUUCUCAAAUGUUUCAGGUAUAUGGGAAAGAAUAUAGAUCAAUACUUGAAAGGAUUGGUGUCCUUAGACUUUACAGGACGUUAAGUAAAAAAUAUGGGUACAAAUUGAUCGAUUAUAUAAUGCCACAACGAAUUAUUGAUGAAGAUAGAUUAAGAUUGAAAAGACAAGAAUUGAAUAGUUCAAUUACGAAACAAAAACGUCAAAAGCAGAAAAAAAUAUAUUUUGAUACACCUAGGGCAUAUACUCGUUCAUCCUGGAAUCGUGUUGAUCUGGUAUCGACGUGUUGCUUCUGGAUAGGUUUAUUUCUCUCCAUCAGAAGUUAUGAUGAAAGAAUGGGUAUUAAAGUGUUUAAACCAUUAGCUGUAAUAAGGAUAUUGAGGCUAGUUCAUACAGAUACUGGUAUAUCCUCAAUUUUGAGAGCUCUAAAAUAUGGUAUUCCGCAGUUAGUGAGUGUUGGUUUUAUGCUGGUGUAUUUUUGGGUCUUCUUUGGUAUUCUUGGUGUGCAAUUAUUUCAAGGGUCGUUAAGAAGACAAUGUGUUUGGUUUAACCCUGAUGACCCAUCUGAUACGUAUCAAUAUAGUAUGCAAUUUUGUGGUGGAUAUCUAGACCCUAAUACAAAUGAGCCAACCCCCUAUAUAUAUUCCAACGGUCUAUCGGCCCAGAUUAGUAAGGGAUUCUUAUGUCCUGUCAAUUCUAGAUGUAUUUCAAAUGCCAACCCAUAUAAUGGUAGAGUCAGCUUUGAUAAUAUUGUUAAUUCUAUGGAAAUAGUUUUUGUUGUAAUGAGUGCAAACACUUUCACAGAUAUAAUGUACUAUCUCAUGGAUUCAGAUGACAUGGCUGCUUGUUUAUUCUUUGUUUUAGCUAUUUUCGUCUUAACUAUUUGGAUGAUGAAUUUAUUAAUUGCCGUUUUAGUCUCAUCUUUCGAAAUUGCUAAUGAGAAGUUUAAAAAAAAGAAACUAGAAAAGCAUUCUAAUGAAAGUUGGCCAGUUCGUUUCACAGCCGGUUAUUGGAGGUUUUUCCAAGUAAAGGCUUCACAGACAGAUCUACCCGACUGGUCAAUGCGGUGUCUUAGGGUAUAUGGUAUAAUUGAACCAGUAUUUCUCAGUUUAAUCAUGGUUGAUUUGGUGUUCCGAUCAUGUGUCAAUUCUAAUAGUUCUUCUGAUUUUAUCGAUUUGAUUUUGAAAGUUGAUAGGGCUAUUUCUAUAGUUCUUUUUAUCGAGACUGUAGGAAGAUUGAUUCUUUAUUCACCAAAUUUUUGGAAGUUUCUGGUUCGUGGAGAUUUUUUGUUUGACAGUAUCAUUGCAGUUGCCUCUUUAGUUGUAAGCAGUUUAGGGGUUUCGCAUAAGAUAGGGCAUACCUACUAUUGGUUAUCUGUUUUCCAAAUUAGUAGAUUUUACCGAGUUGUUAUUGCAAUACCAUUUACCAAGCAGUUAUGGAAAUUAGUCUUAAGUAACGGUUUGAUGAUAUGGAAUUUGUCUGCCUUUUACUUUUUCUUUACUUUUCUUGUGGCUAUUAUCUCAUCUGUGUAUAUGGAGGGAAUCAUUCCAAUGGAAGAAAUGGAGGAAUACGCCUUCGGUAUGUAUUCCUUACCCAAUUCAUUCCUGUCUCUGUUUAUUAUUGGUUCCACCGAAAAUUGGACAGAAAUUCUUUAUGCAGUUCAACAAUAUGCUCCAAAUAUAUCGACUGCUUUCUUCUGCUCUGUUUUAUUAAUUAUAUGGUUUAUUCUUUCCAAUUCUGUGAUAUUGAAUAUUUUCAUUGCCUUAAUUUCUGAAAGUAUGGACGUUGAUGAAAAUGAAAAGAGACCUCUUCAAAUAAAACAUUAUUUACAAUAUGUUUACCCUCAAAAGAUCCAAGAAUAUACUCAUGCAAGUUUUCUACAAAGGUUCAGGAGGAAGUUUUUCAAAAAGAGUUUUAAGGACGACUCAAGAGAUUUCAAGCAAUUCUUAAUUAGAGGAACUGCAAUUAUGAAUAUUGCUCAUAAUAUGGAAGAUUUAGCAAAGGAAUUUAAAGACAAAAGCCAAAGAAAUGAGUAUAGGAUAACAAAUUGGGCCUAUAGGCUUGCUGAUAGAUUAGCUUCUAAAAUCAAUGUUACAAUAUAUGCCAAUAAUCCAUUUUAUAAACAUCCUGAGGUUCUAUUUACAGAAACAAAUGAGAGAAGUAAUAAGAGUUACGUUCUACAGCUGAAUGAGUACGAAGAUGAAAAGUUUAGCUUUCUAAGAAAAAAUCCUUUGUUUAACUACUCCUAUUUUAUUUUUCCACCUAGACAUAGGUUUCGUCGUUUUUGUCAGAGGCUUGUACCCCCAAGUAUUGGUAAACGAACAGAUGGUAUUCGUUUUUAUGAAGAUGAUACAGAUUUGUACAGUAAGAGGCGUUAUUUUCGUAGAUGGGAAAGAGAUAUUUUUGUAUUAAUUUAUGCAUUAGCGACACUCCUUCUAAUAGUUACAUCAUGCUAUGUGACACCAUUAUACAGAAUGAAGCAUAACAUCCAAACAUAUGAUUGGCCACUAUUUUUAGAUUCAUCUUUGGUAUCUGUAUUCACAGUUGAAUUUAUCGUAAAGACCAUUGCUGAUGGAUUUGUUUACUCUCCCAAUGCAUAUGUUCGUAAUCCUUGGAAUAUAAUUGAUUUUGUUGUUUUGAUUUCGAUGUGGAUUUAUUUUAUUGUGUUUCUAAAAAAUGAUGGUAAUUUAUCUAGACUGUUCAGGGGUUUGUCAGCUUUGAGGGCACUGAGAUGUCUGACUAUUAGCAAUACUGCCAGACAAACUUUUAACCUGAUUAUGUUCGAUGGUAUGAAAAGAAUUGGAGGUGCCGCUCUUAUAUGUUUAAGUCUGUUAUUUCCAUUUACUGUGUGGGGUUUAGGUGUUUUUAAUGGUCGGUUAGGGGUAUGUAAUGAUGGAAAUUAUGGUAUGGAAAUGUGUUUUAACGAAUAUACUAAUAAUGUUUUUCAGUUUGAUGUUAUGAUGCCAAGAGUGUAUAGUAACCCAUACUUAUAUUUCGAUUCAUUUGCAUCAUCAUUUCGUUCCUUAUAUGAAAUCAUUUCUCUCGAAGGCUGGGUGGAUUUGCUACAGAAUUUAAUGAACAGUACAGGGGUGGGGACAAUUCCAUCUUUACUGGGUAAUUCAAAUAACGCUGUAUUUUUGGUUUUAUUCAAUUUUUUGAGUAUGGUUUUCAUAUUGAAUCUUUUUGUAUCCUUCAUCAUUAAUAAUCAUGCUAAAACUAACGGUAGUGCAUAUUACACAAUUGAAGAAAAAUCAUGGCUAGAAUCAAAGAAACUUCUAACCCAGGCAACCCCUAGGGUGAUUCCAAAUUUAUUAGAAAUGUCACGUUUUAGGAGAUUUUGCUACUUUUUGGCAGUUGAGAAAAAAUAUUUCUACUACGCAUCCUUUCUACAAGUGGUUCUUUAUCUUCAUAUUAUAAUGUUGUUGGCUAUUUCUUACUUUGACAAAUAUUAUAAUGAGACAAGAUAUAAUGACGCCUAUUUUAUGUUUUCUUUGACGGUAUUUCUUUUCCAAGAGCUUGUUUACGUAAUUGGUGAAGGUUUGGGACUUUACAUUUCCCAAUUUUGGAAUGUUGUAAGGUUUUGUGUCGUUGCAAUUUCUUUCAUUUUGUCAAUUAUUGGGCUACAGUUGCCACAUUCUUAUGUUUGGUUUCAUAACUUUGACGAUUUUUUUCAUUUGGUGAUAUUUUUAUUUGUUAUUCCACAGAACAAUACACUAAGUGAAUUGUUGGAAACUGCAAUGGCGAGUUUACCACCAAUUCUCUCAUUGACAUACACAUGGGGUAUCCUGUUUUUAGUUUAUGGUAUGGCCUUGAAUCAAAUAUUUGGUAUGACGAGACUCGGGGCUAAUACAACUGGUAAUAUAAACUUUAGAACUGUUAUUAAGGCAUUUAUCGUUCUAUUUAGAUGUAGUUUUGGAGAAGGAUGGAAUUAUAUAAUGGAUGAUCUGACCAUUGCUGCUCCAUACUGUUUCAGUGACUCCGUCAGAUCUACUACAGAUUGUGGUUCAACAGUUUAUGCCUAUAUUCUUUUAAUGUCGUGGAAUAUCUUAUCCAUGUAUAUUUUCCUGAAUAUGUUUAUCUCUCUAAUUAUAACUAAUUUUAGUUAUGUUUACAGACGAGGAAGUUCCCAUUCUGUAAUUAAUAGAGGUGAAAUUAGGAAAUUUUCUGAUGCUUGGGCAAACUUGGAUACUGAUGGGGUCGGGGAACUUGAAUUCUCGUAUUUGCCUAAAUUGAUGCAUUCUUUUGACGGCACAUUUUCAUUCAAAAUUUGGGAGGGGAGCCUUACAAUUAGAAACCUAGUUGAUAAUUAUAUGACUGUAAAUCCCCAUGAUCCAUAUGAUGUAGAAGUUAAUUUGGUUGAUUUAAAUAAUGAAUUAAGCAAGAUUGAUAAAGUGAGAAUUAUUGCAAGAAGGUUAAAAUAUAGGAGAUUCAUUCAGGAAGUCCAUUAUACUAACGCCCAUAGAGGAGCUAUAAAAUUUGGUAAACUUUUGCAAUCAAUCCCACUAUAUACGGUUUACAACCCGAGGGAAUGUCUAGGUAUUGAUGAAUAUGUGAGAUACUUAUAUAACAUGGGUAAAGUAGAUAAAUAUCUAGACAAUGAGAGAAAUGUGGAUGUUUUAGAUAUGGUUGUAACGAGAUGGAAGUACAUCACGAAACGAAAACAAGAAGAUAAUCCAUUUAAAAUUAUUGAUGAUAAAGAAUCGGAACAAGAAUUACUUGUGAAGGAGAACUCUGAGUCAAUGCCACUACGAACUCCACACUUGAAUUUUGGGGUUGAUAAUUUUCUUUGGUCUCCAAAACUGGAAUCGGUUUCUCAAAAUACGCAUUCAAAAAAUACUGAAGAAGAGCGAGCAUCACAAAAUGUGUCAUCCAAGAGUGGUAAGUUACCACAUAGAACUAUUUUAUAG